UUUUUUUUCGCAGCCCUAAGCACUGAUGUUAUCGCAGAGAAUUGGAUGUACUAUAUUCUGCGUUUACUGAUGCCCAUUUAUUGUGAUGUAGGAAAGCCCCCUUGCUUUAAGGUGUUUCUUUUGGGUGCAGUUAACUAGCACAUUAUUUCAUAAAGCCAUUCGGUUCUGUUCAAACAUUUUCUUACCAGAAAGUAGCAUAAUUUAGAGCAGUAUUACCAUACUCUGGAAAUUUGUGAGCUGUAUUCCCUCUCUGUGCAGUAUGAAGGGGUACAGAAGGGAAGCCUCUGGCUGCUCCCUGGUGUGAAGCAUUCCAAUGAUCUCUGGGGAGGAACAAGAAAAUCGCUUUUAUUACAUUGUACAAAUUACACGAGGCUCUUGUCAGAAACCCAGAUAAGAGCUUGAAUGGGGACAUUUUUCUGCAAAGGUACAGCUAAUAUUAGUUUCCUAGCUGCAGAGUUCUACAAACCAAAGUUAAGAAAACCUCAAGGAGGGAAGCAAGAGAAAAAAGUUAUCCAUCCCUACAGCAGAAAAGCUGCACAGCUUGCAAGGGAAGUACACAAACAGGAAAAGAAAGAAAAGUUGAAGACUGACAAAGCUUUGCGUCUAAGUAUUAUUGGAGAAAAACUGCAAUGGUUUCAAAGUCACCUUGAUCCAAGUAAAAUCGAGUACACAAAGAAGGAAGCUGGUGAACUAAUUGAAAAUUAUAUGUGUCGAUUCAAUGCUGAAUUGGAGCAGAUUGAAUUACAAAACAGUAUUAAAGGCAGACAAGGAAGACAGCAUGGUUCACGGGAAGCUGUCAUCAAGCAGACAAUAGAACGUGAAAGACAACUCUAUGAGGGCUAUGGAAUAGAAAUCCCAGACAUUAUGAACAGAAAGCAUCUUAAAUUUUUCAGAGAAUGGGAUGGUGAUCUGAGGAAACUGCCAAACAUCAAAAUGAAAAAGCUUUCUGCUAGGGAUGCUGCCUGCAGUCACCCCGAGGUGACAGACGCAGAAGCAAAAGAAGACUUGAAUGAAGAAAAAGAGGUGGGCCCUGAUGAGCACCAGCUGAUCCAAGAGCUGAAAUAGUGAAGGGAAUUAUAAGAAAUCUAUUUUAAUUUUCACUGCAAACAAAAAUAAAAUUUAACUAUAUUUCUAAA